AUGGGCCCGAAGGAGGCUCGUAUGGUCUACGACCAGUCGUGGUCGUUGGAAUACGCCAUGGAGGUCACCGAAAGAAGCUCGGGCGGCGCCGUCACCUCCACGAUCUGCCUGUUCUGCAAGUUCCACGGCCGCCAACUCGACAUGAUCGUGGACUUCUUUGCCGAGCGAGUAGCGCAAGUGGCUGGCGGCCAUCCUCUCGUCCUCAACCAGCUUUGGUGGAAGUUCACGUACGCGAUCGCGCCCGCCAUCAAUUGCAUCAACAUCACCAUCGCACGAUCGUCAGCGAGCUCGUUGCCGAUGUGUUGGCAACGAGCUCGCUACGUCGACGUCGCCGUCGUGGACCUCAACGACUUGGACGAGUCGGACUGCCUGCUCAUGGACGAGCGCUUCAUCCUCAACGAGUCGUUGAGAGGUCACGUUGAAGAUCAGGGAUCUCGGGCCAUGUCGCACCUCGGCAAGCUCGACGACAUGAAGAAGGUCAUUGCCGAGCUCGGCAAGUUCGUCCUGCAGACGACCAUGGGCCUGGUCGCCAUGCAGGCGGAGCGCACGGCGGAAAAUGAGGCUGGAGAAAACGCGCCGCACGUCAUGCCGGCCGAGCUCGUCAAGGUGCGCCCUGCCUCGUUCGUCGAGGAGAUCAUCGGCCGACAUAUGAACCGCCUGAAUAUGUUCUGGACGGCCGACGACAUCUACUCGAUCGAGGAGGAGCAUCGCGUCCUCAUCGCCGCCUACCGCAACUAG